GCUCAUAAAGGGCAUGAGCAUCUCCGGCUGCCAGAAUGGCUCCCGUUGAGUGUGCAGCACCAGCGUGUGUCAUGUCUUGGCUGCGUUUCUGGGGCCCAUGGCCCCUCCUUACGUGGCAACUAUUGUAUUUCCUAGUUAAGGAGGCUCAGCCUCUGGUGCGGGUCAACCCGCUCCAGCUGACCUCUAACCCCAUGGGGCCACCUGAGCCCUGGUCUUCCCGCUCCUCCCAUCUCCCGUGGGAAUCUCCCCAUGCACCUGCUCCCCUAGCAGCCCCGGGGGACUUUGAAUACCUGGGGCCCUCUGCUUCUUUGCAGAUGUCAUCCCUGCCCCAGGAAUCGACUGAAAAUUUGGCUCCAUUCCUGGACACCGAUUCAGCUGGAGAGCUGCCCCUGGGACCAGAGCAGUUCUCGGCUGCCCAGCAGGAUUUAUAUGACAAGCUGACUCCGCAAGAAAGGCUCCCAGAGAUGGUUCCACUGCUGGAUGGGGAUCAGAACCAGACCCAGUUCAGCUUCCUCGCCUCAAAAAUAAGUUCAACUGCAGAUCUAGAUCGGGCUGCAGGUCAUCAGGCAGAUGAUAUACUUGUUCCACUAGAGAGUAAGGUUUCAAAACCAACCAAAUUUGUGGUUUCGCCCAAGAACCUGAAGAAACAUCUAGCUGAGCGUUGGAGCCUUGCUGAGAUUACUGGGAUUCCACACCAAUUAUCCAAACCUCAGCGUCAGAAACAGACUUUUCAGGAUGAAUAUUCCAGUAUGGACACACUGUAUCCUGGCAGCCUGCCUCCAGAACUCCGGGUGAACGCAGAUGAGCCUCCAGGGCCACCUGAGCAAGUUGGACUUUCUCAGUUCCAUCGAGAGCCCGAAACUCAAAAUCCAGAGACCCUGGAAGACAUCCAGUCCUCUUCACUCCAGGAAGAAGCCCCAGCACAGCUUCCACAGCUCCCUCAGGAGGUAGAACCUUCAACCCAGCAGGAGUCCCCAGCUCUGCCUCCAGAGUCCUCUAUGGAGAGUCUAGCUCAAACUCCACUGAAUCAUGAAGUGACAGUUCAACCUCCAGGUGAGGAUCAAGCUCAUUAUAACUUGCCCAACAUUACCAUUAAACCUGCAGAUGUGGAGGUUACCAUGACAUCAGAGCCCAAAAAUGAGGCAGAAUCUUCCCAAGCCCAGAAGGAGGCCCCAAAUCAGCCUCCAGAGGAGGUGGAACCUUCUGCAACCCAACAGGAGAGGACUAUAGUUCCUCCAAAGCACCUUAAGGUGACAAUUCCACAUCCAGAUCAGAUUCAGACUCAGCAUUCACACCUGACUGAAGCCACAGUUCAACCUCUGGACCUGGAGCUUAGCAUAACUACAGAGCCUACUACAGAGGUUAAACCAUCUCCAACCACGCAGGAAACCUCAGCUCAGCCUCCAGACCCGGGACUUGCCAUAACUCCAGAACCCACUACAGAGAUUGGACAUUCCACAGUCCUGGAGAAGACUACAGCUCCUCAUCCAGACCAGGUUCAGACUCUGCAUCGAAGCCUGACUGAGGUCACAGGUCCACCUACAAAGUUAGAAUCUUCGCAGGAUUCAUUGGUGCAGUCUGAAACUGCACCAGAGGAGCAGAAGGCCUCCACAAGCACCAACAUAUGUGAGCUCUGUACCUGCGGAGAUGAGACUCUGUCAUGUGUUGAUCUCAGCCCAAAGCAGAGGCUCCACCAAGUGCCUGUGCCAGAGCCCAACUCCUACAAUGGCAUCUUCACCACCUUAAAUUUCCAAGGAAACUAUAUUUCAUACAUUGAUGGAAAUGUAUGGAAAGCAUACAGUUGGACCGAGAAACUAAUUCUCAGUGAAAAUUAUUUGACUGAAUUACAUAACGAUUCAUUUGAAGGCCUGCUAUCCCUCCAGUAUUUAGAUUUAUCCUGCAAUAAAAUACAGUAUAUUGAAAGACGUACAUUUGAAUCACUACCAUUUUUGCAGUAUAUAAAUCUGGGCUGCAAUUUAAUUACGGAACUGAGCCACGGAACAUUUCAGGCCUGGCACGGAAUGCAGUUUUUACACAACUUAAUUCUCAAUCGCAAUCCUCUGACUGCUGUCGAAGAUCCAUAUCUCUUUGAACUGCCGGCAUUAAAAUAUCUAGACAUGGGAACAACGCACAUCACACUUACAACGCUCAAGAACAUUCUCACGAUGACUGUUGAACUGGAAAAACUGUAAGUUAUUUUUUUCUUAGAUUUAUUUUUACUUAGUUGUUUUUUUAGGUUUGUUUUAUUAUUUUCUUAAGUCAGGUUUAUUGAGAUAUAAUUUUCAUAUAACAUUCACCCUUUAUAAGUGUAUAGUUUGAUGAGUUUUGACAAAUGUAUAGUUACAUAACCACCACCACAUUCCCAGUAUAAAGCAUUUCUGUCACCUCAGAAAGCCCCCUCAUUUCCCUUUGUAGGCAAUCCCUUCCUCCCACCAUCAGCCCCUGUUAGCUACUAAUCUGAUUUCUGUUCCUAUAGUUUUGUCUUUUUCAGAAUGUCUUAUAAAUGAAAUCAUGUAGGAUGCAGCCUCUUGUGUUUGACUUCCUUCACUUAAUAUUGUUUUUUUUUUUUUUUGAGACGGAGUCUCACUGUCGCUCAGGCUGCAGUGCAGAGGCAUGACCU